AACACAAGUCAUGUGUUGUUUGUUGUGAAACACCAAACAUGUGAUGAAAUGCCGGCAAAAGUGUCACAUAUUUUAUGUUCAAAGCAUUGGAUCAAUAAUUAUGGCGUUAAUUAUAACCAUUUUAAGACAUUUUAUAGAUAUUUGACAGCAAUUGAGUGCAAUGCGACCCAAGAAAUCAAUACUAAAAGCGGUGUCACAUUAGGUCACCGGCCAGUCAUGUGUCGGAAAAUAGUGGAUGCCUUUCGGGUAAAAGAUGGACAAACUUAUAUUGAUAUGACGUUUGGUUCGGGUGGACACACAAAAUACUUAUUGGCCACCAAUAAGAAGAUUAAAGUGUUGGCUAUGGAUAGGGAUCCUAUUGCUUACCAAAGAGCUGUCGUAUUAGCGAAAAAUGAAUUGAUUGCGGCUAAUGGACAACAAGUGAUACCACUUUUGGGCAGAUUUAGUGAAUUACCGAAUCUAAUGGCCACCAAUGAUGUUGAACCCGAUUCAGUCGACGGUGUAAUCAUGGAUUUGGGCGCCUCUUCCAUGCAAUUUGAUGAUCCCAGACGUGGUUUCGCGCUGUCAACCGAUGGACCACUCGAUAUGAGAAUGGAUGGCAAGAGAUUUGAAAUGAUGCCAACAGCUGCCGAUGUGGUCAACACUUUAAGUGCCGAACAUUUGGCAAAAAUAUUUAAAAUUUAUGGCGAAGAGAGAUAUGCUGUAAAAAUAGCUCAAACUAUAGUCGACUCGCGAUUUUUGAUGAGACGUUUGUCGUCGACCACAGAGUUGGCACAACUGAUUGCAAACAUUACAGCAAACUAUCAGUCAUUUGAUUCGCUCGGAAGGACUCAACAUUCGGCAACCAAAGUGUUUCAAGCGUUAAGAAUAUUUGUGAACAAUGAGAUCAAUGAAUUGAAUUAUGUUUUACAAAAAGUGAUCACUUAUUUGAAACCAACACUGAAUUUAAAUUUCAAAAAACGUGACACUGAAGACAAUAAUUAUGAAGACAUUGAUGGCGGCAUUAUUGCCGUCUUAUCGUUUCAUUCAUUAGAAGAUAAGAUAGUUAAGAAACAUUUGAUUGGCACUGAAGUAAAUCCAAAGUUUGAUGUAAAACAUUUCAAUCAUUUAGUCGUUCAUAACGAACAACAAUUGGAUGAAGUUUUGCAAAAAAGUUGGAAACAAAUUAAUAAACGCGUUAUUACUCCCAAUGAAGAUGAAGUGGUAGCCAAUCCAAGAAGCAGAUCCGCUAAAUUGAGAUUAGCUGUUAAAAUAUCAUAG